GGAUUAAGGGAUGGGGAUGUUCGGUCUGCAGGCGAGCGGCGCGGCGGCGUCGUGGAUGGUGGGGCGGAUGGGCACGGACGCGCACCUCUACGACGACCCCGAGGACGCCGCGCUCCCGGCGCUCCUCGACUCCCGCUUCGACGCCGACAAGGUCGACGCGCUCAAGCGCCUCCUCGCGCUCAUCGCGCAGGGCGUAGACGUCGCGCACCUCUUCCCGCAGGUGGUCAAGAACGUGGCGGCUCAGUCUCUGGAGGUCAAGAAGCUCGUCUACCUCUACCUCCUCCACUACGCCGAGAAGCGCCAAAACGAAGCUCUCCUUUCUAUCAACAUAUUCCAGAAGGAUUUAUCAGACAUAAACCCAUUAGUAAGGGCUUGGGCCCUCCGCACUAUGGCUGGUAUCAGAUUGCACGUUGUCGCUCCACUCGUGUUAGUGGCUGUGAAGAAAUGUGCCAGGGAUCCAUCGCCGUAUGUCAGGAAAUGUGCGGCUUAUGCACUUUGUAAGCUCUACGACUUGCUUCCAGAGGAAAACACGACUUUGGAGGAGGUUGUGGAUGUUUUGCUCGGUGACAGUUCCUCUGGUGUAGUGGGAGCUGCUGCUGUUGCAUUUAAUUCAGUCUGUCCAAAUGGUUUAGCGCUGAUAGCAAAGCAUUUCCGAAAGCUCUGUGAGACACUCCCCGAUAUUGAAGAAUGGUAUCAGAUUACUCUAAUUGAGAUCCUCUUGCGAUAUGUGAUUGCUAGACAUGGAUUGGUUAAGGAGUCUGCAAUAUUUGCUUCAAAUUUGUCUUGGGAGAUCCAGGGUGCUAAAGAUUCAGUUCCUGUUGAUAAUAUGUCCUGCAUCCAAACUGAAACUGUUGUUAAUGGAGCGUGUGGCACUUUCUCAAGCAUGACGUUGCUUCGGCAUUACAUUGACGAAUAUUCAGCAUGUUUUGAUGGAGAGGGUGAUAAAAUCAGAAGUCCAUCUAUCACUACUAGCACAAAUGAAGAUGUCGCAAUUCUUUUAAAAUGCACAUCGCCUCUUCUGUGGAGCCAAAAUAGUGGAGUGAUACUUGCAGCAGCAAGUGUUCAUUGGAUAAUGGCUCCAGUUCAGGAAGUGAAGAUAAUUGUUGGCCCGAUUUUAUUUACCCUACGCUCGUCUCCUGAUGCAACAUAUGUGAUGCUUGGCAACAUACUAGUUUUUGCGAAGACUGCUCCUUUAUUGUUUGCUCCAUAUUAUGAAGAUUUCUUCAUAUGUGCUUCAGACCCAUAUCAGACUAGGGCUUUGAAGCUUGAAAUAAUCACCACCAUCGCUACAGAGUCGUCUAUUCCAGCCAUUCUUGAAGAAUUUCAGGAUUAUAUUAAAGACCCGAAUAGGAGAUUUGUGGCCGAUACAGUUGCUGCAAUUGCACUGUGUGCCGAAAAGCUCACCUGUGUCACCUCCACUUGCCUUGAAGGGCUUUUGGCACUUGUAUUUUAUGAAUCAUCUAUCGCAAACUCAGUUCACUUGGAUGGAGAAGAUGUUGUGUUAGUCCAAGCUAUCUUGUCAAUCAAAGCAAUAGUGAAAAUAGAGGCAGCAUGUCACGAAAAGGUGAUUAUCCGUUUGGUUCGUACUCUGGAUGUAAUUAAGGAGCCUGCAGCGCGAUCCUUAAUUAUUUGGAUAUUUGGCGAGUAUAGCUCCACUGGGAAUCUCAUCCCAAGGAUUGCUCCAGCUGUUCUCAAGUAUCUGGCAUGGUCCUUUGCUGCUGAAGUGCUCGAGACAAAGCUUCAGAUCCUAAAUACUUGUGCAAAGGUUAUCAUACAUGCUGCAGAAGAACACCUACAAGAGUUCAAAAGGAUAGUGGCAUAUGUUAUUCAGCUAGCUGCAUGUGACUUGAAUUAUGAUGUCCGUGAUCGUGCACGUUUUCUAUCAGGACUUCUGCCAUUCUGUGCUAAUGAAAAUGACUCCUCAUGUCGAUCACAGAAUGCAGAUGUUUGUAAGGAACUAGCUGAUCAUAUCUUCGAUGGGAAGAUACAUUCUGCAUCUAAUUCAGACAGCAAUUACCGGAUUUAUCUUCCCGGUUCUCUGUCACAAGUUGUUCUUCAUGCAGCUCCUGGUUAUGCACCACUUCCAAAACCCCAAAGUAUGGUUUUAAUCCAUAAGACCAUGGAAUCAACCAGAGGCGUAGAUAAUUCCUCCGAUAGUAAUAAUUCUGAUGCUGAAUCUGGAUCUUCAGCAAAUGAGAGUGGCUCCCUUUAUGAUUCAGAAAGUGAAAGUGGUGACUUAUCUGACAGAGAUGGCACUGGAUCUAAGCAAUAUUCAAAUGAUGAUGGCCAUAACCUUCAUCUUCAAGAAGGUAAUCAGGAGGCUCCCCUGGUUAAUAUGUACGACGGUAGUGUAGGCCAAGGCCAUGCAGGUCAAGUUGAUGAAAAUUUGGCAUCUCUCAUCUCCACGGAUUUGACUGAAUUAAUGUCAAAGUCAGCCUUGGAGUCGUGGCUUGAUGAGGCUCCCACUACACCACUUGUUCAAAAUUCGAUACAGGCCUCAUGCGCAAGAGUCUCUUUUACCACUCGCAGCUUUGAGCGAAAACCUAAAUUGCAUGUAUUGUUAGACCCAUUGAACAGUAAUGGCUUGAGUGUUCUAUAUGCCUUCUCAUCGGAGGUUUCACCCAACUCACGGUUGCUAGUAUGUAUAGACUUGUUUGUUGAGAAUGUUACACCAGACCAGUUGGCAGAUAUAAGCAUCAAAUCUGAAGAGGCUUCUACUAGUGAGCAUGGCAUGGAAACAUCAGAAGGAUCUGCAAGCAUACCAACUACUGUUCAAAUGGAAGAGAUACAGUCCUUGGCUCCGCAACAGACAGCUAAGAGGGUUCUUCAGGUUCACUUCCAUCACCAUAUCUUGCCCAUGAAGCUGUCUAUCUUUUGCAAUGGGAAAAGACAUCCAGCCAAGCUUCACCCAGACAUUGCUUAUUUUGUACGGCCACUACCCAUGGAUCUAAAUGCUUUUCUGUGCAAGGAAAACCAGCUAAGGGGAAUGUUCGAAUACGCUAGAAGGUGCACCUUCAAAGAUCAUCUUCAAAACCCUGAGCACACCGAAGAGAGUGUGGACAACACCGACAAGAACCUUCUUGUAGCCCAGAGUCUCGCAUCUAAACUACUCAGCAACGCCAAUGUUCACCUAGUGUCGAUGGAUAUGCCGGUAACCUUCAGCAUCGACGACGCCUCCGGCCUAUGCUGGCGAUUCUGCAGUGAGGUCCUGAGCAGUUCAAACCCCUGCCUGAUUACCGUCGUGGCAGAAGGGCACGCCUCGGGACCACUGGAUCUGACCAUCAAGGUGAACUGUGAAGACACGGUGUUUGGCCUGAACCUCCUGAACAGAGUUGUAGCCAUCAUAGAGUGAAGGGGGACACUUUGGAAAAAAAAAACUCACAUUUGGAUUUAGAUGCUACUUUGUCGAUACUGUAAAUUGUUGUACAUUAUUGUGAAUGCUGAGGGUUUAGAAUAACGCAGCAAUUUGUUACCGAUGUAGUCUGUUGUUAUUUGAUCACGGGACGGAGUCUUGUGCCGGUUCUGAAACAUGUACAAGAGUUUAGCAGGAAUUUGAUCGCUUUUCACAUUACCCAUGUACUUGUAUCGAGCAUGACUGCAUUCCUGCUAUGUAAUGAAACUAUUGCUUCUGUUCUCGAGAAGAAAAAGGUGUCUUACUGACUGU